CCGACAAUGUACAGUUAUUUGGUCUACAGGGCCAUUCUGACGCCAUAUUAUAGUUUUCAAGCUAUGUGACAAUCACCUGUGGUAUCACAUGUCUGUGCGGAUCAAGGAAUUGACAUAAAAAGGGGCACAACUAAGACGCUCAACAUUUUGACAUUUGCUACUUGCUUCAAUGGCAGCAUUUUGUGAAGAUUUGCAAUGGAAGAAGAAGAGUUAGAUGAGAUGGAGGCUGAUGGACGCGAUGAAGUUAAUGAACUUCUCGAUACAUUAAAGUCAAUUUGCAAUGAAUUGGAACAACAUGGAGUUGACAUUCUUGUGUUUUGUUCUGGACUGGACAACUUCUUGGCAUCGGCAAAUGGAGAGAAGUUUGCGCUCAAUCUUCAGCUCGCGCACAAUGCUUUCAAAGUCUUUUGUAAUGAUGAAAUGAGUCAAGUUUUAAUAAAUGAUGGUACUGUUCAAAAUACAGACCAAAAGAUGGGCUUGGUUGAAAUUCCAACUGAUUUGAAACAAGAGCGUCCUGAUAUUGCACAGUUUGCUUUUGAAACUAUGGAUGAAAACCCAGUGAACGAAGAGGGUAACACUGAUACGGGAAAGGAGCUAGAGAAAGGGAGUAAGGUUGGUUCCAAGGCAAGGAGGGCUCAAGUUGUGAGUGUAAGACCAGUUACAGCAGGCAAAAAGCAACUCAAAAUAUCAGAAAAAUCAUCCAAGGGAACGUAUGUGAUUGUUGGUGGUGAAGAGUGGGACUUUAUUCCUCUAUCGGAUGUCAAUGAUUCCAAAUUUGAAUGCACUUUUUGUAAUAAAGAAUUUAGUAGUUUAAGGUAUGUGCGCUUUCAUCUCUCAAAGUCUCAUCAUGCAAAAAUGGGCUACCGAUGUGAAUGUAAAAUGUUUUUUAACACCAAAGAAUCAUUUACAAAGCACAUUGAUAGAGAGGACUUGGAGGGUCAGAGUUGUCAUCUACGUUGUACGGAAUGUGUAGAGGUUUUUUCUUCAGCAGAAGUUUUGAAAAAACAUAUUUCCGAAACACAUUCGUCUUAUCAUUUAGAUUGCAUAGACGCAAAGUCAGAUAGAGACUGGUCAGCUGAAGUAAGUAAAGAGACAACAGAACAUUCUUGUAGUAAAUGCGGGGUUCUUUUUAAUCACCAAUAUUUUUUAAUAUUGCACGAACAUUAUCUACCAGAUUGUGUAUCUGUUCAAGAUGUUUUAGAGACAGAUUUGGACCAGAAAGAAAUAAAGUAUACAGAUGCCAAAGGUGAAACUGUGGUUGUGAAGUAUGGAGAUUUAUUGAACAGUCAGAACGAACCUCCCUUUGUGUGUGAAAUAUGCAACUAUAAGACCAAGAGAAAGCACGGGCUCAAGCGCCACCUGCUUAGCCAUGUAGGUAAGCACACACAUACUUGUCAUGUGUGUGGGAAACUCCUGAAGGGAAAGGAUAAUUAUGAUCGUCAUAUGCGCGUUCAUAGCGAGAAGCCGUAUAUGUGUUUGAAGUGUCCAGCAAAGUUCAUAAGUGAAUGGGGCCUUGAACAGCAUGAUCUUACCUGCAAAAAGGAAUAUCCAUGUGAAUUAUGUCCAUUCGUUGGUGUUAGUGCGUCGGCGCUACAACUGCAUGUCAACAGACACACAGGCUUGAAACAGUUUACAUGUCAUGAUUGCUCUAAAUCUUUCGUAUCGAAGGGUAGUCUUGAUCGCCAUGUUGCCGCAGUCCAUUCAGAUAUCAGACCCUUCCAGUGCCACAAAUGUGAGAAAGCUUUCAAGGUCAAGGAUAAUUUAACGAAGCACCUAAAAGUUCAUGAAGACCCCAAAUAUCGAUGUGAGGUUUGUGGCAAGACUUGUACAGAAAAUGGGAACCUUAAAAAACACAUGCGGACACACACUAAAGAAAAACCAUUUGUGUGUGAGGUCUGUGGUAAGAAGUAUGGUAGGAAAGUUUUGCUGGAUAACCACUGCAGAAUUCACACUGGGGAGAAGCCAUAUACAUGUACUAUAGAGGGAUGUGAUAAGACAUUUCGCUGUUACUCGAACCUCCAACAGCACAUAAAAACUCACGUUCCUGGCAACCCAUAUAUAUGUGACAUUUGUGGUAGAGGAUUUAAACAGAAAGGCCGAUUGAACCACCAUCGAAAGGGUCACACAAUUGAAUACCGGUGGCAGUGUCAGUUCUGUGAGGAAAGGUUUAAAUCAUUGUUUCCAUACAAGAACCACCUUGCUAGAAACCACCCUGAUAAAAAAGAAGAGAUUGAGGAAUCUACACAUAUUAAAUUGUUUCAAUGCACGCUGUGUCAAAAAAUGUUCGGUGAUAAGGAGGAUCUUAUACGUCAUACUUACAUUCACAACAAUGAAAAACCCUUUAAUUGCCAGUAUUGUUCUAAACGCUUUAAUGACAAGAGUAACAUGAGGCAGCACGAGAAAACACAUUGUGGUAAGAGAGACCACUUUUGUCAGCAAUGUAAUAAAACGUUUUACCAAAAAAGAGAGCUUAACAGUCAUAUCCUAAAAUAUCACACCUUUGGUAGUGAGACUAAGAGAAAAGGCCGCAAAAAAGAGUCAGAAGAUCAGAAGACGUCUUUAGAUGUGGCAGAAUACAUUGCUGUGGCCGACUCAACAGAUCUUCAAGUAGGGCAGUAUUUUGCGACCAAGCCGACGACAGUAUUUAUUCAAGGGGUGUUGCCUGAUGUGGAAGACAAUAUACAUACAGUUGAAGAUCAGAUGAUGGACGAGAAUGAGACGGAGCCAACCGGAAACCUGGAUGAUAUAGUUGUUGAUACGAGCACCUUGUAUCAGCCUCACGUCUCUAUCUACCAACCGGAGAGCUCCACUUUCCAGACAUCCAGCUCAUCCUUUCAGCCAGCAAGAAUUUCUUUCCACGUCGCCAGCUCAGGAUUUGCACCUCAGUCGGCGACACCAGUUCAGAGUAUUCCUGUUGCGGUGUCUCAGGGGGAAACAAUGACAGUUGAACAAUUCGCCCUCAUGAAUGGGAUUGAUCCAAAUACUUUCCAACUUCCAUUAAGUUCAGACUUAUCUGCCUCUGCGCCGCUUGCUCAUCAUAUAAUUCAUGUGCCAAUUGGGGAUAUGCAGCAUCAAACCUGACCAUGUGUACGGUACAUAGGAACUAGUUUUAUUGAACAUAUUCGUGUAUGAAAACUGAGUUAUUGGCCUUGUUUCAAUAGAAGGUAAAUUAUUAACAUGAACACUCAGUUUUUUAACUGUUGUAUUUGUUUUUAUGGGUUUUGAUAUUUACAUGUUUACACAUAUUACAAUUUAAAACAAUUUUAAAUUUUAUAAAUAUUAUUUAUGUAUAUUUAUCUGUUUCAAUUUGAUUAAAUUUUUCACGACUACUAAUGCACUCGUUAUGAGCCAUAAAUAUCAUUGUUUUAAACAAUAUCCAAUGUUAAUUAUUAAUUGCAGUUGUUGACUUGUUGUUUUCCAUAGAAAUUUUUGCUUAUACUGUCCUGGUACUUUUAUUUGAAGUAAAUUUUUGUCUUAUGUUCAGAUUUUUUUUAAUUCAUGAUUUGAUUGUAAAUAUUGAUGAAUCAAUACAAAAACAAAAUGUUAAGAUAACUGCUAUGACGAUGUUGUUGUUUUUAGCUCUACUGGCCAAAGGCCAGAAGAGCUUAUGCGAUGGUAAUGUGUAUGUAGUAUGUGCAUCCAUGCGUCUGUAAACAAUUGCUUGUGAACACGAUACAGUCUUCAGUUUUGAUUGUAUCUCGAUGAAACUUGUACAGUAUCAAGAUAUUCAUUAGAGCUCGGUUCCUUUCGAAAACCAGCCAGAUCCGCCCAUGCAUGCCUAGAUUAUGGCCCUUGAUAGUAUUAAAAAAAUGCUAUUGUGUAAACACUAGCUUGUGAACACGAUACAGUCUUCAGUUUUGAUUGUAUCUCGAUGAAACAUGUACAGUAUUUAGAUAUCCAUUAGAGCUCGGUUCCUUUCGAAAACCAGCCAGAUCCGCCCAUGCAUGCCUAGAUUAUGGCCCUUGAUAGUAUAAAAAAAUGCUAUUGUGUAAACACUAGCUUGUGAACACGAUACAGUCUUCAUUUUUGAUUGUAUCUCGAUGAAACUUGUACAGUAUUUAGAUAUCUAUUAGAGCUCGGUUCCUUUCGAAAACCAGCCAGAUCCGACCAUGCAUGCCUAGAUUAUGGGCCUUGAAAGUAUUAAAAAAUCAGUUCGUCUGUAAACAAUUGCUUAUGAACAUGAUACAGUCUUCAGUUUUGAUUGUACCUCGAUGAAACUUGUAUGUAGUAUUUAGAUAUCCAUUAGAACUUGGUUCCUUUUGAAAACCAGCCAGAUCUGCCCAUGCGUGCCUGGAUAAAAAGUCUUGAAAGUAUAAAAAAUGCUAUUUUAAGCUAAGU